GGUAUAAAUUCUAUGAUAACAAGAAUUUUCGGAAUUUUUUGCUUUAGUUAUGAGGAUGGCAAUAUGGGCUCUUUGCGACUGAACAAAACAUCGCAUGUGUCAAGCAAAUUCUUUGUUAAUGCGAGCCCCUUUCAACCUUCAACCUUCCACCUCGUAUCGUCAAUACGAAGCUAUUCGUAGUUGGCAAAGAAAACGGAACCGUAAAUAAGAACCAUGAGCAGCGAGACUACUGCCGAAUUAUCAAACUCGAGUAACAGCAGCGUAGCGACUGCAGAAACAGUAUGGAGAGUGAUAAACAACCCUUUGGUCGCGAUAUUGUCGGACCUACAAAACAACACGGCAGAACGAACGAUUCGCGUCAUUUUGGGUUCUAUUCUCAAGGGGUCUGCCAACCUGACGAAUGUCUUGGUUCCCCCUCAAUCGGGUGGAGAAAACUACGAGAAUCUCGAGAGACAGUAUACAGAAUUCACAAUUUGGCUUUUUGGAACGAUGUUCUACAUAUCAGGUGCGCCGUUUAGUACAGAAGUGCACUCUAGCAGUUUAGAAGUACAAGCUUGUAUGCUGCGCAUACUAGCUACACAUUACCCGCCUAAUUUUAAUCGAAUAUCUUCAGAGCUGCUGGAUGUUUUGGAAGACACUGUAAAAUUUGAAGCAAAGUGUACGCCUGGAGAUCAGAUGGAGAUAACCAGAUUCCAGGCAGAGUCUGGUGUUAUAGGUUAUUUAGAUCUCAUUUCCUUGCCGCUUAAGAUUCCUGAAAGAAGGCUACAAUCUCUGCAGAUUUCUAUUUCAAAGAUCAUUUUAAAGAUUGGUGUUACACAAUGGAAUCAGUCAAGGUUGUGGGAUGUGUGUCUCAAAAUGAUCGUCGAUUCUUCUCCAGAUGUAAAAUUCCUUGCACUAAAAAUAGCAACGCAGAUGAUGGAACGAUCGCUAAUUGGACCAAAGGAUAAAUAUAUAAUCAUAGUCCGGACUAUAGAGAUGGUCAAGCUUAUUCCUACCUGGAAAAAUCUUGGUGUACUAUCGGCAGGCACAGAUGCAGUAUGGGCGGAAACUUUGACGAAUUUUGUUAGAGGGAUCGAAACUUCUCCAAUCGCCACCAGCCUCUGUUAUGAAGUCAUUGAUCUGACAAUCUGCAAUGAUUUUGAUGUAAGUUCUGAGCGUUUGAGAGAAGCGGCGUGCGCCAAAGUCACACGUUAUUUAUUGGACAAUCCAACCUCAUGUACUCCCGAGGAUAUAACCAAGUGUUCUAUUUAUCUUGAGAAUUGGACAGGUUUCCUUGAGAUAAUGCAGCACCUAGUGUUAAAUGACAUUGAAUCUUCGAUGGCUAAGCUUAAACAGAAUUCGUUGAUAACUAGCGAGACGUGGAGUAUCUUGGGGAAGAUUUUCACUGAUAAGUUACAACGUAAAGAAUUCCACUUCACUUUAGAAAUUCUGAAAUGUUCGAGCUGGCUCGACUUCCAGAUUGCUCAGGCCAAUAUUGAUGUUUCAUUUUAUGGAAGAGAGUCUGAAAGCAUAGCUCUGAUUUUCAUAAAUGAACUGCGUGGAAAAUCCAGUGUAAACCAAACUUUAAUUUUUGAGAAUAUAAAUCAGCUCUGCAGGCACAGAGAAGUCAAGAAUGUGGAGUUACACGAAGUUCUCUUAGAAUCCCUGCCACAUGUUGGACAGUCAUCUGUGAACGUGCGACAGCAAAUUGUCACUGCUGCGAAAUCCUUGGAUGUUACGAUGAAAAUAAAAUCCUUGGACACUCUCUGCCAGUUUGGAAAUUUCGAAAAACGUCUUCCGCUCAUCAAAAUCUGCGUCAUUUCCGACUACGUUGAGCUGGCAGUCGCUGCUAUUAGAAACCUUAAGUUUGCCAUCGGGGAAGGUAAAUCUUACUCCGUCACCUCUGUAAUAGAAAUAAUGAAUCUAGCCACAGCUUCGGCUAAGGAAGAGUUGCGUUUAGCCGCAGCCGAAUGUAUGGGAGGAAUAUUUUGUCUGCUUUCCGGUCGAGCAGUGCUCGCGAGAGAGGUUGACCGCUCGACUGAAUGGGUGAUAAAAUGUGCCGAUUGUGACAAGGUUCUUGCCGGGGAAAAACAGAGCGCAGUCUGCAAUGUCCCUUUUGAAGUAGAGCGAUUUUUAUUAUCGCAAUUUAAACUCUUCGCUACACUAUCGACGAAUCAACGUUUGCUCAUGUCUCGCAAUUUUCUGUCUUUCUCUAAUCACACUAAAUUCUUCAAUAGCAAUACAACGGCGAGAGUAUGGCUACCGUAUAUCAGAGACGAUAGCAAAAAACUGCGUGAAAAUGUUGGCAAAGCAAUUCUCUAUGUUAUACAAAACAAGAUCGAACUUCAAGAGGAGUCGAAAUGGGCUUCCCCAGAUUUGAAAGAGUUUGAAACGCUGCUUAUGCAGGUCCUUACUGAAGUUCUGGAAAGUGUUCUUGCAUCUCCAAAUCUCGAUUUACAUCUCACGAUCGUCGAAACUGCUCAGAAAGUGGCCAGUUUCAGAGAGCAUCUAUAUCGCAUGGAGGAACCACUGCUCAAAAUUUUCUUGAUAACGAUUCUUCACACCAAUUCAAACUCCAUAGUAAUAUCAACAGCGGUCGCUGCUUUCCAGGAAAUCGCUGCGUGCCAUGAAACUACGCCAAAGUUAUUGUACCAUCGCUACAAGCGAGGAUUUCUAGAUUUAAUGAUCGAAAUGGCGGUACGCAACUGCAUCAAUCACUCCUACAACUUGGCCACAUCUUUGCACAGAGCUGCUAAAUGCGUAGGGUAUCAAGGCUCUCGUCAGCUCUUGCACAAGGACGGAAACUAUGCUAUCUGCGCUCUACUUCCUUGGGUAAUCAAGUUUCCUCAAGUUAGAUGCUUGUGCAGCGACAUGGCUGAGCUCAUAACGAUGACCGAGAAGGACAUGUUCGUAGAGUAUUUUCAAUACAUCUGUCCUCACGUUUUGAUCAAUGAAAAUAAAUCUACGGGACAAAAGUGCCUUCUGUUGAUAGAAAGCAUCACCAAGACCAGCAUAAGCGAUCUUAUGAGCAGAUCUUUCAUGGGAAUAUUUAGUGAGCUAAUGCUGCAUUUUCAUACCCAUAUCGUCGACGUUAUCCAGCAUCUCGAGGUGCUUUCUCAAUUCGACAUGGAGUACGAAGGAAAGUUCGACUCUAGAGAAAAUGUUGCAGCUUACCUGAAGCCAAGACUCCACGGAGUCCUCGUCAAUCUGGACAGUAAUCUGAGCUCUAGAUCAGACGAAACUGUACAAAAAUUAGCGUUAGGAUCGUUAGCUGUUUUGAUGCAGUUUAUGGGAGAGAGGCACUUGACUCCGUUGCGAUUCAAACUGCUCGGCACUUUACGAACUUCGCUGAGUUUCAGCAGGCCUGGAUUUCAAGAACUAGUUUGCGACGCCUGGGACUCUUUCUUGCACAAUAUCGCCGUAGGAGAUCUAGGGCCCUUGAUUCCGACGAUCUUCAUAUCAUUGGCAACGCUUCUCGAACGUCGACCUGAUGAAACCAGUGCCAUGAUGGAGUACCUUGUGAUCGAACGGAACAGAGAAGUCGCUGAUUAUAUUCCUGAGCUGUUUUUCAUAGACGAUUUAAAAGUACCUGAAAAAAUAGCAGCCGUUGUCAAACAACACAUAGCUUCAACUCGACCAAAUAACUUUGAGGAUAAUUUGAGCAUGUGGUUGAAGCGCACGGUGCAUGAAACGCACGAAAUACGAUACAAAGCUCUCAUAUAUUUGAAAAAGUUUCUCGCAGACUCGCGCAGUCAUCUGAACGAUACGAUUCUUAGCGGGAAUGUCGUGGAUCCAUUAAUCGUAGAGCUGCUCGAUACUCUGUUGAAUGGGUGCAGGGACAAGGAUGAAAAUUUUCGAUUGGCCUCGGGCGAAUGUCUCGGAGAAUUGGGUGCGGUAGAACCGAGUCUUUUACCCCGCAGGAUCCAAUCAAAAGACGAAUCCAAGUUCAUCUUUGAAACCAACGAGGAAUUUGCUUGUCUCGCUCUUACCUGUCUCGUCCGAGCGUUUCAGUCGCAAAAAAAUACUCAAAGCAUGGGCUGCUUCGCUCUUGCUAUACAGGAAAUCCUCAAAACCUACAGCAUAUCUCCAGACGGUACCAAUCGCCACUGCUGGAAGCAGUUUCCGAAUACUAUACAACAAAUGAUUCAUCCCUUUCUGAACUCUCAUUACAAGAUUACUACGAUCAAAGAUGGCAACGAAUAUCCGCAUCCUAUCUAUGGAUCUGAAGAGGGUUCAACGUUCAACAAGUGGUCCUAUAACUGGAUAUGCAGUAUGUCCGACAGUGUGCAUGACUCUGCUUUGAAAAAUCUAAUAGCAGCUUGCAGGCCAGCGUUUAGACGGGAUGUAAAAUCGUUGGUAUUAUUCAUCCCCUAUGUUGUGUCCCAUAUAGUAGCAAAUGGAAAUCCAGGUGAAUGCAAUAAGAUUGGAGACGAAAUUUUAGCUGUGAUAAACGUUAUCGAACAGACAAGCGUGGACAAAAAUUUAGUCGACAGACGUCCCCUUCGUUAUCAGUCAGAGUCCGCAACUAAUAGUACAAGAAUUUCGGAUGAGGAUAAAAGGAUUCACUGCUCUCAAGUCGUUUUCUCGAUUUUGGAUCACUUGCAAAGGUGGCUGAGAGAGAGAAGAUCGGUACGUGAUGAAAAGUAUCGUUCCAUAAAACGCUUUUGCAAAACCUUCAAUAGCCUGAUACUGGCUCAGGGUUGUUACCAAACUCAGGAAUACCAUCGAUCGCUGAUGUACUUGGAGGAUCACAUGACAUCUAGUAAUCAAGGCCUUGCCGAGUCUAUGGAAACAGGUUUACUAGCGAAAAUAUACGCCCAGCUCGAAGAACCUGAUGGCGUCUCAGGCAUUCUGGCUACUCAGGACGAGGUUCCUACGCUUCAGCAGCUGGUACUGGCUCACGAAGUUAGUGGACAAUUGCAGGAUGCUGCGACAUGUUACGAAAGAUUGGCCCAAGGGAAAAACGUCAAGCCUAAAUAUUUGCAAGGGAUGGUGCAGUGUUAUCUUGGUCUCGAUCACCCUUUUACAGCGACAAACAUCACUGAGGGGAUUCUUAACAACAGACCUGAAUUGCAGCCUCUGAUUGUAGAUGAUGAGAUAUUCUGGCGUCUUGCCGAUUUUUCACAGCUGGACGAUAUGGCGAAAAAUACGGCAAAGAAGUCGCUUCUGAACGGAUUUAUCGCCGGAUUACCGCCAGAUCUUAGUUCUAUAAAACAAAGACUCGUUUCCAUGUUGGGAGCAGCCUCGAGACAAGGAACUUAUCAACAAAGCUAUCCUCAGAUAAUGAAGCUACAUAUUUUGAACGAGUUUGAAAAGGCCGCCGCCAUAAUGUUGGUUAAUCCUGAACAGCUGCCGGAUAUAUUUGACGAAUGGGAAAUGCGCGGGCAGCUGGUCAGAGCUUCUAGGGGAGUCGAAUCCGUCCUUAGCAUGCGAAGAGCAACCCUUGACCUGGCUGUUCAGUUACAAAGACAGACUACUGAAACUGAAAAUUCAAUUCUGAAACAAGAAAUUGGAAAAAUAUGGCUCAAGAGUGCCAAGAUCGCAAGAAAGUCAAGAUUGUACCAGCAGGCUUACAUGUACAUACUUUCUGCCAGCGACAGUUGUCCGCCUCAAGAAUUGUACAUAGAACAAGCUCAAUUGUAUUGGCAAAAGGGCUGUCAAGAAGAAGCUUUCACAACGUUAAAACGGUGUUUCGCUAAUUGUUUUCAACCCUCAGCUCAUUACAAACAGAUGCCGCCGGAUUCCUGUGUGGAGGAAAGACGGCAGUGUGCAAGGGCUAAGUUGCUCUACGCAAAAUACAACGACGAAACUCUGAACGUAGAUACUGACGGUAACAUCAGCAACUACAAGGAGGCCAUAGAGGUCUGGCGUGUUUGGGAAAAGAGUUUGCUGUCCUGUGCUCGUUAUUACGAAAGCAUUGUCGACCGAAUGUCAGACGAGGAGAGAGACGUAAAGGGCAGAGACCUGCAAAUCCACAUGAUGAACUACUACGGAAAAUCACUGCAGUAUGGCUGCAAGUACAUUCAUCAAUCCAUGCCUCGACUCCUUACCAUUUGGUUGGACUUUGCCUCUCGUCUUCAGGUCUCAAACGGUUCGUCUAAAAUUCGCGAGGAUGCUCUUACAAAGAUGACCAAGCUUGUUGAGGUGUACCUUGAAAGGCUUCCCACGUUCAUGUGGCUCACAGCUUUCAGCCAAUUGGUAUCGCGAAUAUGCCAUCCGUGUCGGGAAGUACAGAACACAUUGUGCUCUAUAUUGGUUAAACUGAUAUCCGCUUACCCUCAGCAUUGUUUGUGGAUGAUGGCCGCAGUUUUCAAGUCCGCUUAUCCGGUUAGGCAGAAACGAUGCCAAGAGAUCUUCAACCAUCCGGACCUUCGCGUUUCGCGACAUACAAAAUUAAUUCAGGAUUUCAAUAGGCUCUGGGAACGACUCAUUGAGUUAUCCAACAAGGCAAUACCGGAAAAAACUGCUUCGACCACAGUAUCGGCAUUGUCCAAAUAUCUACCAAGAUUGUUGGCUUCCUCGGAAUUUGGACAAAUCAUGAUACCGACAACAAAAUUCAGGCAGCUUCAUUUACCCUCGAAAGUAACACCGAUCGAGACCCACAAUCCAUUUCCUACUCAGUGGGCACACAUCGUUGGUAUCGAAGACAGAGUGAUGGUGAUGCAGUCCCUCCAAAGACCGCGUAGGAUAACGCUGCGAGGAUCGGAUGGGAGGCAGUAUCUAUUCAUGUGUAAACCGAAAGACGAUCUGCGCCGAGACUUUAGACUCAUGGAGUUCAAUGAUAUCGUUAACAAGUACUUGCAAAAAGAUCCAGAAUCUCGUCAGAGAAGGCUGUACAUUCGGACAUACAGCGUGGUACCGCUUAACGAGGAAUGCGGCCUGAUAGAGUGGGUUCAUAAUCUGGUCGGAUUUCGCCCGAUUCUUUUGGAUUUUUACAAAGAAAGGGGAAACUCCAUGUCGGCUCGAGAGCUGAAGAACGUUAUGUGCCAACUCAGAGAUCCUUUGGAAAAGAAGCGGAAAGUAUUUUUAGACGUUCUAUUACCCCGACAUCCUCCCGUUCUCGGCGAAUGGUUUCGCCUAACUUUCCCUGACCCAUACGGAUGGUACGAAGCCCGAACAGCGUAUAUCAGGACAACGGCAGUUAUGUCUAUGGUUGGUUACAUAUUGGGUCUCGGAGAUCGUCACGGAGAAAAUAUAUUGUUUGACUCUAAAUGCGGGGACUGCGUCCACGUGGAUUUUAAUUGUCUUUUCAACAGGGGUGAAUUUUUCGACUGGCCAGAAAGGGUCCCAUUUCGACUGACCAACAACAUGGUUGAGGCCAUGGGACCGCUGAAGUACGAAGGCCCGUUCAGAAGGGCCUGCCAAACUACAAUGAGAGUUCUCAGGGAACAAGCCACGACUCUUGUUAGCGUCCUGACACCCUUCGUCUACGAUCCCUUGCUCAGCUGGAAUAAAAAUCAGCCAGACGCAGCAGAGAAAACGAAUGAAAAGGCUGUGGAGAACAUAAAGAAUAUCGAACAACGUUUGAAGGGCCUGCUCAGAUCGCAGGGAAAGAAAGCAGAUAAUAUUGCAUUGAACCUGAGCGUUGAGGGACAAACAAAUCAUUUGAUACUGGAAGCAACUAACGUUGACAAUCUUUGCCAGAUGUACGUAGGAUGGGGUCCAUAUUUGUAAGGACUUUUUUCCACGAUCAGUCUCUGUUUAAUGUCAGAAAUCUGUUCUAGUACUUGUUUAUUUCUAACUACACUGUGUCGGAUUCGUGGAAUUAGAUGUAAAUACUAUACUUUGAUACUAA